AUAUUGAAACAGCAUAAGCCUGUAACACUCGUAGUACAAAACCCACUUGUUUCGUCUCUGAAGCUGUGAAGCAAGAACAGUAACAAAUAGAGAUGAGAACUACUCCAAUUUAUCCGCUUCUCCACAUUUUCUCUAUCUUCUUUCUGUUUUCAUCUUCUUCGUUUCAUGCGUACUCUGAUCUUGAAGUACUGUUGAAGCUCAAGUCCUCCAUGCUCGCACCAACAGGCUCUGGACUCCAUGACUGGGACGAAUACUCAUCGUCUCGGUCCGCGCAUUGCUCCUUCUCUGGAGUUACAUGCGACGAAGACUCGCGAGUCAUCUCUCUCAACGUUUCAAAUGUUUCUCUCAAUGGCAUUCUUUCGCCGGAUAUUGGGCUUCUUAACAAGCUCGUGAACCUCACACUCGUUGCGAAUCUCACUGGUACCCUUCCUAUAGAGAUGGGCAACUUAACGUCUAUCAGGUUCAUGAAUCUCUCUGCAAAUCUCUUCUACGGUGAUUUUCCCGGAGAAAUUGUUGCUACAAUGACGGACCUUGAAACGAUUGACAUUUACAACAACAACUUCACCGGAAAGCUUCCGACGGAGUUUGUAAAGCUGAAGAAACUCAGGACUCUUAAACUUGGAGGAAAUUAUUUCUCCGGAGACAUUCCAGAGGCUUACUCUGAAUUCUCGAUUUUGGAGAGCUUAGAAUUACGUGGAAACGAACUGUCCGGUAAGAUUCCGGCGAGUUUAGCUCGACUUUCAAAGCUUCAGAACCUCUGGCUCGGCUACUUUAACUCUUACGAAGGAGGAAUUCCUCCAGAGUUUGGUUUUAUGAGAUCGCUUCGACUUCUUGACCUUGGAGGCUGUAAUUUGACCGGUGAAAUUCCGACGAGUCUAGGAAAUUUGAAGCUGUUACAUACUCUGUUUCUCCAGACGAAUAAUCUCACUGGUCAUAUACCUUCCGAACUUUCCGGUUUGGUUAGCUUGAUGUCACUCGAUCUCUCCCUCAACCUAUUAGUUGGUGAAAUACCCGAGAGUUUCUCCGAGUUGAGGAACCUGACUUUGCUUAAUCUUUUCAACAACAAUCUUCGCGGUCCAAUCCCUUCAUUCAUCGGAGAUCUCCCCAAUCUCGAGGUCUUACAGAUUUGGGAUAACAAUUUCACGUUUGAACUGCCUGAGAAUCUCGGCCGUAACGGACUGCUAAAGCUACUCGACGUGACUAAAAAUCACCUCACCGGAACAAUACCUCGCGAUUUGUGCAAAGGAGGGAGGUUAGAGACGCUGAUACUGAUGAAAAACUACUUCUUCGGGGCUAUUCCUGAAGAACUCGGCGAGUGCAAGUCACUGAAUAAGAUUCGAAUCAUGAAAAACUUCUUGAACGGUACUAUCCCCGCCGGGUUCUUUAGCUUGCCGUUGCUGGACAUGCUGGAGGUCAACGAUAAUUACUUCUCGGGAGAACUUCCGACGGAUAUGUCGGCUAGUAAUCUCGGAAGUCUUUCUAUGUCUAACAAUCAGAUAACUGGAAAAAUUCCUCCGGCUAUCGGCAAUCUUGUGAACUUGGAGACUCUUUCGCUUGAUAUUAACCGAUUUUCUGGUGAAAUACCGGAGGAGAUUUCAAAUCUGAAGAUACUCUUGGUAAUGAAUAUCAGUUUCAACAACAUAACAGGUGAAAUACCAACUUCUCUCCCUAAUUGUGCUAAAUUGACUGCUAUUGAUUUGAGUAUGAAUCAGUUGUACGGUGAAAUUCCAAAACAAAUAUCGAAGGUGAAGACCUUGAACGCACUCAAUCUGUCAAGAAAUCAACUGAGCGGUGCAAUUCCACGUGAGAUGGGAUUAAUGUCUGGGUUAACAAUCUUGGAUCUUUCCUACAAUGAUUUUUCCGGUAGACUACCUACCGGCGGGCAAUUGAAGUACUUCGGCGACGUAUCUUUCGCUGGAAACCCUGACCUCUGUUUACCGCGCCGUUCACUUUGCCCAACAGUUAUAAGUCCAGCCCAAGCCUCUCACAAAAUCCAUACGGCCUCGUUUAGUACAUCAAAGCUUCUCGUUACUGUUAUCACACUCGUGACUGUUGUGUUAUUAUUGGUUGUCACGUACAUAAGGAUCAGAAACAGAAAGCUCCAAAACUCAAAGGUUUGGAAGCUCACGGCAUUUCAAAGGCUUGGUUUCAAAGUCGAGGACGUGGUCGAGAGCCUGAAAGAAGAGAACAUAAUUGGCAAAGGUGGGGCUGGGAUUGUCUAUAGAGGGUCCAUGCCGGACGGUGUUGACGUGGCAAUCAAACGGUUGGUUGGCCGUGGUUCUGGUCGUAGCGAUCAGGGCUUCUCCGCUGAAAUUCAGACACUUGGAAAAAUCCGGCACCGGAAUAUUGUGAGGUUGUUGGGGUACGUGUCGAACAAGGACACCAACUUGCUGCUGUACGAGUACAUGUCAAAUGGGAGCUUGGGGGAGGUACUGCAUGGGUCGAAGGGUGCUCGUUUGGAGUGGGAGACGAGGGAUGUGAAGUCUAAUAAUAUACUGCUUGAUUCGUACUAUGAAGCUCAUGUGGCUGAUUUUGGGCUCGCCAAGGUCUUGCAGGAGGCUGGUGCGUCGGAGUGCAUGUCGUCCAUUGCUGGUUCAUAUGGUUACAUUGCACCAGAGUACGCCUACACUCUGAAAGUGGACGAGAAAAGCGACGUGUACAGUUUCGGAGUAGUGCUUCUGGAGCUGAUCACCGGUCGGAAGCCGGUGGGGGAAUUUGGGGAUGGGGUGGACAUAGUGAGAUGGGUGAAGAAAACGACAUCAGAAAUCUCUCAACCGUCGGAUGCAGCAUCAGUGCUUGCAGUUGUCGAUCAAAGGCUCAUCGGUUACCCACUUACAGGUGUCAUUUAUCUGUUCAAGAUAGCUAUGAUGUGUGUUGAGGAAGAUAAUCACUCCAGGCCCAACAUGAGGGAAGUUGUUCACAUGCUCUCCAACCCUCCCCAAUCUGCCCCUAGCCUCCUCAGUGUCUGACGAACUUUUUGCUACUCCAUGUUCUGGGCCGGUGUUUCUGAGUGAAACAACUAGGAAAAGUAAGCUUUAAUAAUUUGUGCUUCGGAGCCAAAGUCCAAAGGCCAAAGAUUUGUAAGGGUGAAUUGUGUAAGUUUUUCAAUUCUGUUAAGUCUACGGAGCAAUGUUUUUGUUGACUGUACAUAACUAUGGCCAAUGUGCCAUGUACCAUGUACUACCAAGAAGGGUUAAGGAAUGCCAUCAAG